GUGUCCUGUAGCGUGUUAGCAGUUAGCCCCGGGAGCAGAUGACUGUGUUUCACAGUUUAAGUACGAUUUAGUAAAGAUGUCUGCGGAUAUGGACCAGAGUCCACGGUCUCUGCUGGUCUGUGAUCGGUCCAGUUUCCUGGAUGAGAAGAACCGGAUCAGUUCCCAAGUGGAGCAGCAGCACUUCAACUACAAGGUUUCUGUGCUGCUGCCUGAGUGUAGCUCCACCCCCUCUCACCUGGACUCUGUGUUCAGCAGUUUCAGCAGUUUCUACCUGAUCAGGAAGCUGCCCAUAUACGAACUGCUGGAUAAACACUUCCUGGAGACCAGCGUGUACCAGGGUAACGUGUAUGGUCUUUCGUACGGGACCAGGGUAGAUGAAGACAACUGCAUUGCUCUGAUGCCAGACGGUCGUCUGUGUCUCUCUCUGGACAAAGACUCCUUCCAGCUGUUGGGAGUUGAAGGGAAACCGUCCAGAUUCAACCACAGAUCAAAGAGCAGAUAUGUAGUGUCUGUGGAUCUGACUGACAGCAGCAUGGCUUCUGGUGGGCGGGGCUACCUGAGACUCCUUUCAGGUCUGACGACAAGACUUCCCCUGAAGACUGACUUCCUGCUGUCGCAUCAUCCAGGGGGCGGAGCCUCUCUACAGCCCCUCCUGUCUCGCUAUGAUUGGUCAGAGCACAGACCUGAGAUUAGCCGUCAUGCACUGGCAAACCUGUCCUGUCCCGCCCUGCUGACCUCUGACCUGCAGUCAUGUGACCCUCACAGCCUCCUGGAGUGGCUCGGAGCUGUGGACGCGGACAUCAGCUGUGAGAACUCGUCCAGCAGCUUCCUGUCCUCGUUUGUCUGUCCUGAACCAAAGACAACGUUGAGUCAAGCUCUGAGCGUCUCCAUUUGUGGACUGCUGCUUCCUGAGGACAUUCACCGACUCAUCCAUGAGAUCAGGUGUUACCUGGAGCAGCCUCGGCCGGAGUCCUGGGUGUCUCUGACCGUUCAUGGUUUUGUUGACAGUCCAGUAUCGUGGGGGGGCAGCGAGCAUGGAGUCCUGAAAGGAGGAGAGAACUUCUACACCCUUCUGAUGUUUCACAACCACACCUACCGCCUACACCUGGCUACAGGUGCACACAGCACCUGCCCUCCAUGAUGAUGUCAUCAGCAGGUGUGGAUUGUUUCUUCGUACUUGGAUCAGGUUUUGUUGUAGAAACUUGUUUCAGGUCAGUUUGGAAGAAAUUUUGUUCAGAUUCUCAAACGUGUUUUUUUACCUGAACUUUGAUUCAGAUGAUUAUAGAUUUAAUGCUGAUCCUGCACAUGAUAAUUCAUUCCACAUCAUCCUCAUUGACCUGUUUACUUCAUAAUUUACACCAUAAAAUAAUAAACAUUCUGACUCAUCAGCUGAUAGUUGUUGGAGUUUAUCAGAGAAAUCGCGUAAAUAAUUCCACGGUGAGUUUUUAUGGUUCGUUUCUGACUCAGCGGAUCCAACAAGAACAAAGUGGCCUUAAAGAAUCCGGAGCUUCUGGUUUACUUCAGAGGUUUUUACAGAGCGUCCACAGUUUCACUGUCUUAGCAUCAUGUGACUGUUCAGUCCCUACAAAAUAAAACAUGUAAACAUGAACAAACUCACUGUUGUCAGACGCUCCCACUCUCAGACUGUCAACAGGUUUUUAUUUCUCUGUUUUUGUUUGGCGUGUUUGUAGAAUUUUGUUUUAUAUUAAUGUUUUUGUACAAAAAGUCAAAUGAUUUAGAAAAGUUCUGAAUAAAGCUCCUGUGGCUGAGAUACGACAGAGUCACAGCAGAGUCCUAACAGUCGCACUGACGCUGGAA